GCGCCAGGACGUGCGCGGACGCGGGCGAGGCAGCACAAGGUGGUUUUCGUCCGUGUGAGUGUGUCCGUGGGCGUCUUUGUGUGUCUGCGUUUCUGGACAUGUGUGCACGAAUCAGGGGGUGUCUGGGUGGGAUGGAUUCGAGACAACGUGCCUGGUGUACCUCAGAAUCAGGUACCUCAAGUGGCUUUUUUUGUUGUUUUCUUUUUUGAUGAGGACGAUGCUUGAUAUGUUACUAUGUACGUGUGGACUCGGAAGCAGGCGACUUGCGUGUAUUGUCGAGUGUGCACAGCGCAGCCUGUGAGUCCCUGCAACCGCGUCUUGGAUUUCUGAAGUCGCAUUCCUUGAGGGUUUUGGCACCCUUCCCUCCACCUGGUAAAAGGAAUGAAUGAGAACACUUAGUGAACAUCUCCAUCGCCCCGGACACAUCUCCAGCCUCGGUCUGGGUGACUGCUAGGCGAGACCUUCUCAGGGAAAAGACCCAGUUCUCUUCCCCGAUCCCCUGGUUUUCCAAAUCUUGAGUUUAGAUUCCUACGAUGCUGGACCCUAUCUUCUCCAGCUACCCUCUUGGAGGGAGAUUCAGGAACAAACACAAAGAGAGAUGAUGGAUUCACACAAACAAGAACCUGUGCACAGUCCAGAAGCCCCUAAAGGCAGCAGGGUAUGAAGGGCACAGCUCACCCCCAGUAGAGGGGGGAGUGUGUGAUCGAGCUGACCCAGAGCUGAUGGGCUUUCUUCUGGGAAAGUCGAGCCACUGAUGGAAGCGAGAAGCCACUGCUGGUUAUAGAGAGAAAGCACUCUCUGGCAGCCUCUUGGUCAUGAAAGCCCUCAGAUGGCCGGCUUCCGCCCUCUUCUGCCUUCUGCUAAUCAAGGCGUUAGGGGCAGCACCCUCUGGUCGCCCUGAGGCGCAGCCUCCUCCCCUCAGCUCUGAGCAUAAAGAGCCGGUGGCGGGGGACGCAGUGCCCGGGCCAAAGGAUGGCAGCGCCCCAGAGGUCCGAGCCGCUCGGAAUUCCGAGCCGCAGGACGAGGGAGAGCUUUUCCAGGGCGUGGAUCCCCGGGCGCUGGCCGCGGUGCUGCUGCAGGCACUCGACCGCCCCGCCUCGCCCCCAGCACCUAGCGGCUCCCAGCAGGAGCCGGCGGAAGAAGCAGCUGAAGCUCUGCUGACCGAGACCGUGCGCAGCCAGACCCACAGCCUCCCGGCGCCGGAGAGCCCGGCGCCCGCUGCUCCGCCUCGCCCUCAGACUCCGGAGAAUGGUCCCGAAGCGAGCGAUCCCUCCCAGGAGCUCGAGGCGCUUGCGUCCCUGCUCCAGGAACUGCGAGAUUUUAGUCCAAGUAGCGCCAAGCGCCAGCAGGAGACGGCAGCAGCAGAGACUGAAACCCGCACGCACACGCUGACCCGAGUGAAUCUGGAGAGCCCGGGGCCAGAACGCGUGUGGCGCGCUUCCUGGGGAGAGUUCCAGGCGCGCGUCCCGGAGCGCGCGCCCCUGCCACCCCCGGUCCCCUCGCAAUUCCAGGCGCGUAUGCCCGAGAGCGGGCCCCUUCCCGAAACCCACAAGUUCGGGGAAGGAGUGUCCUCCCCCAAAACACACCUAGGCGAGGCAUUGGCACCCCUGUCCAAGGCGUACCAAGGCCUGGCCGCCCCGUUCCCCAAGGCGCGCCGGCCGGAGAGCGCACUCCUGGGUGGCUCCGAGGCUGGCGAGCGCCUUCUCCAGCAAGGGCUGGCGCAGGUGGAGGCCGGGCGGCGGCAGGCGGAGGCCACGCGGCAGGCCGCGGCGCAGGAAGAGCGGCUGGCCGACCUCGCCUCGGACCUGCUGCUCCAGUAUUUGCUGCAGGGCGGGGCCCGGCAGCGCGGCCUGGGGGGUCGGGGGCUGCAGGAGGCGGCGGAGGAGCGAGAGAGUGCACGGGAGGAGGAGGAGGCGGAGCAGGAGAGACGCGGCGGGGAGGAGAGGGUGGGGGAAGAGGAUGAGGAGGCGGCGGAGGCGGAGGCAGAGGCGGAGGAGGCGGAGAGGGCGCGGCAGAACGCGCUCCUGUUCGCGGAGGAGGAGGACGGGGAAGCCGGAGCGGAGGACAAGCGCUCACAGGAAGAGACGCCGGGCCACCGGCAGAAGGAGGCCAAGGGGGCAGAGGAGGGCGGGGAGGAGGAGGACGACGACGAGGAGAUGGACCCGCAGACGAUCGACAGCCUUAUUGAGCUGUCCACCAAACUCCACCUGCCAGCGGACGACGUGGUCAGCAUCAUCGAGGAGGUGGAGGAGAAACGGAAGCGGAAGAAGAACGCCCCUCCCGAGCCCGUGCCGCCCCCCCGGGUCGCCCCCGCUCCCACCCACGUCCGCUCCCCGCAGCCCCCGCCCCCCGCCCCCGCCCCCGCUCGGGAAGAACUGCCGGACUGGAACGAGGUGCUCCCGCCCUGGGAUCGGGAGGAGGACGAGGUGUACCCGCCAGGGCCGUACCACCCCUUCCCCAACUACAUCCGGCCGCGGACACUGCAGCCGCCCUCGGCCUCGCGCCGCCGCCACUACCACCACGCCUUGCCGCCUUCGCGCCACUAUCCCGGCCGGGAGGCCCAGGCUCGGCGCGCUCAGGAGGAGGCGGAGGCGGAGGAGCGCCGGCUGCAGGAGCAGGAGGAGCUGGAGAAUUACAUCGAGCACGUGCUGCUCCGGCGCCCGUGACCCGCCCCGGUCCCGCCCCCGCGCGCCCCCGCCGCGCGCGCCGCCGCCCCCCUCCGUGUCGCCAGCUCCCCCUCGGUGUUUGCAUGCGCCCCGCCCCCGCCCCUCGGCCCCGCCCCCGUUCCCAGGCUGCGCCGGGACCGGCCAGACCCCCUUCCCGGGUCCAGAGCCCGAACUCCCAGAGCUCACCCACGGGUGACCCGGGACCAGCCCAGGAGGACCGCUGGUUUGUGCCAGUUCCCUCCCUGCGGGGGACUCCGGCCCCAUCAACUCCCUCUGGGGACGUCCCCAUCUGAAACCGGAAAAAGCAGUUCCAAUUAAUUGUGUGAAGUGUGUCUGUCUCCAGCCCUUUCCACGAGCUCCUCCAACCUCUCCAAGUCGCUGUGAAUUGACCCCUUCUUUCCUUUCUCUGUUGUAAAUAUCCCUCACGGAGGAAAUAGUUUUGCUAAGAAAUAAAAGUGACUAUUUUAUUAGGA